AGGCAAGAAGGUACAGGUAAGUAGGCACCUUGGGAUGGUGAGGUGGGGCCGAGGUGAAUACCUGCGGAGGGGCAGUCUUUGAACAGCUCUAUUCGUACAGUUCUAGGCGGCAGAUGACGCCGGUGUCUCAAGUGCCGUUCUUCGUUCCGCUGGGGAGCCGUUCAGCUUCCUCUUUAACAACAUCCCAACAAACCAUCCCCGAAUUCACUUCUGCCACAAAGGCUGGCCAUCACUCCCAUACAGCAUGGCCUCAGUAAAUACAACAUCGCAAGUUGGUGAAUCGUGCUUGCCCUCCCCAAGCAAAAUGAUCCCCAAGCUCGAACCUCGCCGUCGUCGCCCCGGCCCCUCCAACCCUACGCCUCGCCCCGAGACACCCGCGUUACCUUCGCCGCCCGACCUCCGCGAUCAUACAUACAAGGUUCCUUCGCGAAGGAUUUUAUCCCAGAAAGAUCAUGAACUAUUUCUCUCGUCGCCCACCUACAGCCUUAUUCUUGCUUUUGUCUUCAACCUCUCCGAAUCCGUCGAAGAUGCACCUCGAUCUGCUGUCAAAGAUAGCGAAAUCAGCACUACACUCCAGUCGAUUCUGCGAAUACUCGACGAAGCUGACAAUCUUGUCACGGAGUCGCCACCAGAUGAUCAAGGCGGCUCGCGCUUUGGAAAUAAGGCUUUUCGAGUAUUCCUGGAUUUGGUAAAGGAGAAGGCCCCCGUAUGGCAGAGUCAGCUGGGCGUCAGCACGGCGGCGAACGAUGAAGUGACGGUCUACCUGGAACACUCUUUUGGAAACAGGAUGCGAAUAGACUACGGGUCUGGACAUGAGCUCAACUUCAUCAUGUGGCUGUUAUGCCUUUACCAGCUUCGAAUCAUCGUCAAAGAUGACUUUCGGCCCCUUGUGCUCAAGGUCUUUGCGCGAUAUCUGGAACUCAUGCGUAACGUACAAUUAACAUAUUAUCUGGAGCCCGCGGGCUCUCAUGGCGUCUGGGGUUUAGACGACUACCAAUUUCUUCCCUUUUUAUUUGGCGCUUCACAACUUCUCCAUCACCCCUUUAUCACGCCACUGGCGAUCCAUCAGGAUCUCACGCUUGAGGAGUUCAGCCACGAUUUCCUGUAUCUCGGCCAGGUCAAUUUUGUUAACGAUACCAAGACGGUUAAGGGCCUGCGAUGGCACAGUCCUAUGUUGGACGAUAUUUCUGCCGCCAAAUCAUGGACCAAGGUAGAAGGGGGUAUGCGUCGGAUGUUUGUUGCGGAGGUUCUGAAAAAACUGCCUGUCAUGCAACAUUUUCUCUUUGGCUCGCUCGUGCCGGCAGUGGAUGGCAUGAGCACAGAGCAAGAUUUCGAGAUGGAGGACGAUGAGCAUGAGGGGGGAGGGGUUAAAAAUUCGCCUGGGAACGUUGGCAAGCACAAACACCAGCAUGUGGGCUGGGGCGAUUGCUGUGGCAUCAAGGUCCCGAGUAGUGUUGCUGCGGCACAGGAGAUGAAGAAAAAGGGAGUUCGCGAGUCUCUUCGCAGGAUACCAUUUGAUUAGAUGAAGAACGUCACAAGACGAGCUCUGAAGCACAUGGGGCCCAAGUACGAAUGUUUAAUUUUCCUGUCAGGAGCAUCAUUGCUUCCUCAUUACGGAUCCUACUUUUCAUGUCAGAGACCUACGCCUGUCGACC